AUGGCCGUAGUACCAAACAGUAAUGUUUUUGGGACAGCAGCAGCAGCAACCAUGGAUGACAGUGGCGAUGAGCGAAGAAACAGCGCUGCUGAAUCAUCAUUAUCAGCUUGGCGAUAUAAUCGAACGGUCCGGUAUUUAUUAAUUUUUUUGUGUUUUCUGAAUAUUUAUGCAAAUUUAAAGUGCAUAUUGGCAAGAGUUCGAAUUUUGUCACCUGUUUCAACCCUGCAACUAAGUAAUGUGCGAUCGAGCGUUUUUGCAGUGUGGCAUGCUGUUGUAAGAUCGCUUGGAGUCCCAGUAGCCGGAAUCUGUGGCGUGCUGAUCCUCGAAGUUUAA